CAACGUACCCCAUUAAUCUCUCUCUCUCUCUCUCUCUCUACCUUCUAUACACCUUUUCUUACAAUCUAAGUCUUGUCUCAAUUUAUACCCCAAGGGCCAAAACCAAAACUUAGUAGUACUGCACAAACUCUCUGAACCUAGCUCAUACACCAAAAAAAUGAGCUCAGUUUGCAUAUCAAGCUGUGUCAGUGACGCACGUGACCCUCGUGUUCCUGUCCGAGCCACCUAUGUGAACCUCUACAAGUGGCCCGAGUCUGAUGCAGAGUUUGUGAAGUCAGUGAGCUUAGAGCGCACAGGAGGUCAUGGUCAUGGCCAUGGUCAAGGGCACCCCAAGGUUGUGGAUAGUAUUUCAUGCAGACAGCUUUAUUUGAGAAGCUACACGUUUUCAAGGAAAGAGACUAUGCCUGAGAAGACCCAGAAAUGUUUUGGGAGAGUGAAAGAGAGAAUGAUUCCUGGAAGGAAGAGAAAGAUUCGAGGGGUUAAGAAGAAGUGUUUGGUUUUCAGGAAAGUGAAGGAAUUUUCAUGCGUCGCCUUGUUUAGGAUCUUUCACAGGUUUUUGUCUUGCAGUGCUAGUGUAGAUGUGGUGGAUUGACAUGAUUGACUUGACUCAUACACUUGAGUUAAUUACUUCCUCUCUUUUUUUUCUUUUUU